AUGAAAACUAAUUUGAAUAAUUGGAAUCAUUAGUUGAUAAUAUCGAUAAUAGAUGAUGGUUUUGCUAUAGUGGAGAAUAAGAUUAAGGAAUUUCCAAAAGAUCUUAUAUGUUAUAGACAGUUUCCAUAUAGUGUGACAGACAAGAUGACUGAAAUUAAAUAUGAGGUAAACAAAAUUGAAGGUGGUGUUUCAUUUAGGUAUAAUUUCUUGAACACAUAGUUUUUAAAAGAUUUAAUUAACUGAGCAUGAUCUUUCAAUCUUAAUUGAUUCUCUUAAAUAAAAGAUCAAAGAACACUUAAAUAUUAUGAUUAGAAUCCUUGUAUCUCUUGAUGAAUCAAAAUAAAUAGUGAUCUAAAAAUUAACUUAUUCACCUACUGAUAUUGAGAUUGCAUUAUAAUUUGGGAAAUUAUUAAAUGGUUAAUUCUUUAUAAGUAAUAUAAUUGGUAAUUGUCUUAUGAAAGAGGAGGAGGAUUUCAUUCGUAUUUAUUUGAUAAAGAGCGAAAUAUUAGAAGGAUUUUUCAAUUCAGAAUGUUUAAAAGCAGCCCCACUUAAUUUGCAUUUAUUAGUUCAAUAGAAUGAUAUUUGGUCUCUUAGUGAAUUGUUAUAUCAUACAUUUCUACCAUGUUAAUUGAUUUAAUAAAUGCUAAUUGAAUUUAAUUAGAUUACCUCUUGUAUUAUAUAUUAAUACUAUUAAUUUAUUCCUACAAAGGAAUUAGGAAUUUUUAUAUUCAAGAGAUCAAAUGGUUUUUAGCAUUUAAAUCUAGUAAUCUCUUUUUCUUCUAAGAUUGUUAAUAAUAAACUUUAAAUUCAUUUAAGAGAAGCUUCAUAAUAUUCAAUGCUUAUGGGAUUAUAAAAAAUGGAUAUCAAUAAAUUUUUUGAUGAUUUGAAAUUUUAAAGAUUUGAAGAAUUUGAAAGAAUAAAUGAUUUUUGGGAUUUUAUAUAGAGGUUUUUUAUAACUGCAUUAGCUUAUACUUUUUUUUAUGAGACAAAAUUCUUGUAAUUAUAAAUUUUUCAAAAGUUAAGACAUUAAUAAUUUUUUACAAAAGUAUUCAAUUAAAUAAUAUAAAACAUAUAAAGUUUUAAAUAAAAUAUGUCAAUUCAUUUAAGAAGAGAUCCUCAUUUAGAUCAGAAAUAACUUUAUUAACUUAUUCAGAAUUUAACAGAUAAAUAUUUACAUAUAUUUUUUAUAAGAUGUUAUGAUGAUGUGCCUAUCUUAUCAUAAUUGCUUAGAGAAUAUUAAGAAAAGAUUGAUGAAUAGAUUAAUAAAUUGAGAAGUAUCUCUAUUUCUUUUGAUCAUGAAAUCAAUGUUUUAAAUAAUAAACUAUAGAAUAUCUCAAUAGAAUUAAAUUAAAAUGAGACAUCAUCAUACUCUUUAAAGAUUCUAAGUUCAUAAUGUGGAUAAUUGGAAUACAAAAUUACUAAAUAAUAUAUUAUAAAAAAAUAAAUGGCUUAAGAAAAACAAUGGUAAAUUGGGGAUUUUCCUCAUUUAGAAAAAUUGAUAAUUUUGAAUCAUUUUUGA